AUGGCCUACAUCUACAAUAACCCUCCGCCGCACUAUGGUCCCACAACCGACAUCCACCUCAAACCCAUCCCCUACGCGCAAACCAGCACCCUCAGCCUCGGCUCCAACACCUCCUACUACAAACCCAUCGUCCCCUCCCCCUCCCACUCAGACCUCGACCUCCAAGACGCCAAACUCAAACACCGCAUCCGUCUCCUGCGCAUCGUCUCCCGCGCCCUUGCCACCGUCCUCUCCGCCGCCACCGUCGCUCCCCUCGCCAUAACGCUAGUGAAAUUCUUCCAAACGAAAGACACCUACAUGACCGUCGACGGCGAGUCCCGCACCGCCUGGGCCAGCGGCACGAUAGCUUGGUACACGUACAUGUACUUUGGCAUCUCGCUCGUCUCCUUCCUUCUCAACGCCGGGAUAAUGAUCUCGUAUAUCCGCGGCGUGAAGCAGGCGAACGCCACAGCCAAAUACGCGGGAUACUGGUCCGCGUUGAUUCUAGGAGCGCAUGUGGUGGUGUGGGCGAUUUCGGUGGCGGUGUAUCGGUAUGGGAAGGAGCCGGUGGAGGGCAAAUUUGUGGAUCUUUGGGGCUGGACGUGCUCGGAGGCCGCGAAUGAGAUUCAGGAGCAGGUGACUGAUAUUGAUUUUCAGCAGUAUUGUUCGAUACAGACGACGUCGUUUUUUACUGGGAUAGCGAAUACGGUUGCUGGUUUGCUGAGCGCGGUGAUAUAUCUGUUCGCCAUCAUGCGGAUGCGGUCGAAGAAGAGGGCGCAGCAGUAUGGGAUGAGUGCGGAUCCGGCGAGGGAACCUCUGCGUCAGUAUUGA